AGAUGGCAAUCGCUUUAAGGAAAAGCUGAGGCCGUUAUCUUCCCGCGAAGAACCAACUCCACCUCUAAUCAGACACCAGAAACUUCUCUCUGAAAAUGAUGGCGUCAAUCUCAGCAAUAGGAUCUCUUCCUAAGCGUUUUCCGGCGAACACGGCUGCCAUAGGUUUGACGGCGCCGCCACUUCCGGCCCUGCACAUUGUGUGUCAAAGUUCCACCGAGUCAUCAACGUCUUUUGAGGGAAGUGGAAGCUUGGAGCAUAGGCCGCUGAUUGAUCGGAGACAGAUUGUGGUGUCCUCGAUAGGAUUAUUGGCGGUGGAAAUUUUCAAUUGUCAAAGGGCUGAAACUUCCAAUGCAUCUGAAUAUGUCGACAUGCCAGCACUGCGAGGAAAAGAUUAUGGGAAGACAAAGAUGCGGUAUCCUGAUUAUACUGAAACAAAUUCAGGUCUCCAGUAUAAGGACUUGCGAGUAGGUAGUGGCCCCACUCCAAGGAUAGGAGAAACAGUAGUGGUCGAUUGGGAUGGUUACACCAUUGGAUAUUAUGGCCGGAUAUUUGAAGCUCGCAAUAAGACAAAGGGUGGCUCUUUCGUGGGUGAUGAUAAAGACUUCUACAAAUUCAGACUAGGGUCUCAAGAGGUUAUACCUGCAUUUGAGGAAGCUGUAUCAAGCAUGGCUCUUGGUGGUAUAAGAAGGAUUAUUGUUCCUCCUGAACUGGGAUAUCCUGAUAAUGACUCCAACAAGAAGGGUCCAAGGCCAACAACAUUUUCGGGUCAAAGAGCUCUGGAUUUUGUGCUGAGGAACAAAGGAUUAAUCGAUAAAACUCUCCUCUUUGAUAUUGAGCUCCUAAAAAUCGUACCAAAUGGAAGAGGGUAAAUUGCUUUUCUCCAUUGUCCGAGGAUCCAGCUUAAUCAUAAUGAGAUAUUCAGAUGUUAUCCCAUCCUUACCCGGUACUAAAAUGUCUGGAGUCGAAGCCAUCCGAUGACAAACUGUAAGGCUUUUGAAACUUAGAUGUUAUUAUGCUAUAUUGUUUCCACCUUUACUUAACAACGUUGUGAUGGCACGUUCUUUCGCUAGA